ACCAGAUUCUCGCACUGCAGGACUGUCUCUACCGUACAUCCCUCUCCUCUGCCUGGACCCUCCCCCUCGACCUCAGAGAGUCCUCGCACUGCAGGACUGUCUCUACCGCACAUCCCUCUCCUCUGCCUGGACCCUCCCCUUCGACCUCAGAGAGCAUCUCUCCGCCCUUUUACUUCAACCCUCUCACCCCUUUCGACACCCUUCUCCUCCCCAAAACGAUAGAUUCCCGCCCUGCAAGACUGUCUCUACCGCACCCCCCUCUCAUCCGCCUGGACUCUUCCCCUAG